UUCCCUUUCGUUUAUAAACAGAAACAUCAAAUCAAAGUGUUUAUCUCGCCAGUUCGCCGCUAUGAACUGGACCCCGGGAAAAAUAGUCGGCACUGUGAAACCGGCCGGUGCCAAUGUUGCCCCGAUUCCUGCUCCGCUACUAACGCCGGUACCGGCUCCAGUGUUUACAUCGCAGCAGCCGAGUAUUCCUUUACCGGUGCCGGCACCGAUUGUACAGCAACCCCUGAAAGGAACCACAAAAGCCGUCACCAGUGUCAGCACCGGCGAUGGAAAGAAACCAACGGAACCACUCAUCCUCAAAGGAACCGUGCAGAGUCAACCGGUGGGGGCGAACAGAAUUCUUGGUACGAUAAAAGUUGCCGGCAGUGACCAACCGGGCAUCAGUUGCGAUCAGUUGACCAACCAAGCCGUGGAGGAAAUCUACCGGGACGCCAGAAUCGGCCGCAUCCGGGCAUCGCAGGUCGGCGCCCUCGGGUGGCGGGGCUGCCCCCUGAAGAAAGCCAACAAACGCUUCCUGAACCGCACGAUGAACUCGGUGAUGCAGCACAACCGCCGGGAAGCGAUUCGCACCUUCCACAGUUCGACACAGAAGCUGAUCGAGAUGGAUCGGCAGGACGACGUUCGGCACCGGCACCGGAAGAGGUCGUUUUCGCCGGCAUCAAAUCGCCGACAGCACCCACGCGGGGAGGUGGUUCACCUUGAUGAUGAGGAUGACCAAGACUUCACGAAGGAUGUGAUAGGAGUUGAUCAGUUGGGUUUGAAGAGAGUGACUGAAUCGAAGAAGGGUGAUGACGAAAUGGAAGAAGGAGAGAUAAAAUCUGAUGAUGAUGAUUAGGAUUAAAGCUGUGAUUGAUGGACGAUCAAUAAAUGAGUGUGAAUUCGUAGGAAAAUUGAGAA